GAAAAAAAAACCUCCUGUUAUCAAAGACCACGUCCGUUGUCGCAGAGAAAAGUCGGACAACAUCGAUUGUAGCGGGCAUGCGAUCGCUCUUUCCUUUUCCUUCCUUCGGAGGCGGUAAAGCUUCAUCCAAUCACCUCUCAUUGGUGACCGUUUUCCACCAACCCGACUACCAUCUGCUCCUAAUUCAGAACCCGUCGCGGUUCGCCAUGUCUUUUCUAGAGAUAUUCCGCCGUAUCCCGGGAGGCUGCGAAGCGAACGAGACACUACCUCGAGAGAAUAGGUACUAA